AUGGCUCUUCAAUUCCUGGCGGAUAAUAAUGGCUGGCUCAGCUUCAGUCACAGCACGCCUCUUCUCUUCAUUACUGCCGAAGACGAUGAGUUCGACCUCGAGACCCUGCGUGCAUGGAGAGAUGAAGGAUUCGCCGUACAGUAUUUGCCCAUGGGCAAGGGAGGAAAAACCUACGUGAACACGCUGCGCCAUCUGGGUGAUAAUCUGAGUAUUGGAGAGCGAUACGCCAUCGUAGCAUUCGGAGAAGCAGCGUCUGUCUGUUUAAACGUCUAUUCAGAGUACUCGACGAGUACCUCCAAGCUAUGUGCAUUGAUUGCUUAUUACCCAUCCUCCAUACCUGAUCCUACGCAUCGCAUAAGUUCAUCGUUUAGGGUCCUUGUCCAUCUACCCCUGGGCUCUUCACCCUCGGAAGCUACCAUAGGAGUCACGCGGCGACCAGAAGUUCUCGGUAUACAAGGCAAACGCCGGACUGUCCAGAAGCGCGUUACUACUGGGAUAGGUGCGGGAGGGCUACAAUCAAGGAUCCAAUACCCCGUCUACUCGUAUGAAGGCGUUGAUGCUGGGUUUGCCGAGCAUGACCUUGACGAGUACGAUCCGGUUGCCGACGCUAUAGCGUGGAGCAGAAGUCUGAGCAUGGUCCGGCGGGCAUUUGGUGCAGAAGUAGAUUUGGAACGGGUCUGGGAUGAGAACGAAGAACAGAAAUAUCGCGGCAAGGACGUGAAUAGGUUGAUGGAUACGUUCGUGGAUGAGCCCACGCCUUUUGUCAACUAUACACCGACCAUGACCGGGGGCGUUGGGGCCGAAGAGCUCAAACGAUUCUAUAGAGACUUCUUCCUCCCUUCAUCGCCACCUUCGCUCCACGUGCGACUCAUCUCCCGGACGAUUGGCGUGGACAAAAUCGUCGACGAGCUCUACAUCCAGUUCAAGCAUACCUGCGAAAUGCCCUGGAUACUUCCAGGGGUACCGCCAACGAAUGAAAAGGUGGAGAUUGUUGUGGUGUCCAUUGUGGGCAUGCGUGCAGGCAAGAUAUGGCAUGAAAGGGUGUACUGGGACCAAGCAAGUGUCCUCUUCCAAGUGGGUCUGCUUGAUCCAGAGGAGAUUCCAGAUAGUGUGAAGAAGGAAGGUCUACAUAUGCUCCCGGUUGCUGGGUCGGAAGCUGCGAGAAAGAUAAUGGAGGUUGAGUCGGAAGAUACGAAUGACAUGAUUGACGAUUGGUAAUGAGCUCCGUUUCCUAAUGGUUUGUUUGGGAUUUCAUUAUAUCUGAUGUCUCAUGUUACUUGGAUGGAGGCCACUAAUAUCUCACUAAAUCCACUUCAUUAUUCAUAAGCUUCACUACUGCGGGGGUGUAUGCGAACGAGAUGCCUGUUGGCCGCCAGGUGAGGCUCAAGGAAAGAGACGCAUUAGCACUGGGGUCUGCGUCAUCAGAUAGAUCGUUCGAGACUGACACCCCUCUACCACGGAAGCCGAAGUGGAGUGGGAAGUUUCUCUUUCGGGCCCAGGACGGGCUCAGCCGUUCCAAUAUCCCUACUCCGAAUUAAAAUUCAGAUGAAAACAUUCGAGUUUAGCGACACUCACGCUGCACCGCGAGGCGCCCAGUAUCCGCCCGUCUUCGAUAUAUCAAAAGUAUCAAUCCACUCAAUCAGGCUUUCCGCAGCAACAUCAGGUGUGACAGCU